AUGGCAUGCUUCCUGGUGUCUGCCUUUCUUUUCAUCCUCCAAACGUUUGCUGCGCCGCAUCAGACAGGCGUAAGUUUUAACACCGAUGAAGAUGUGGCCUUGUCUCCUCCACCAGGGACCAGCAAAAGACCCCCACAUAGCAUUAUAAUUGGGGUGCGCAAAGGCGGUACAAGAGCUCUGCUUGAAAUGCUCGACAUACACCCUGAGGUUGCUGCUGCUGCAACGGAGGUGCAUUUCUUUGACUGGGAUGAGAACUAUUCCAAAGGUUUAGAAUGGUACCGUGAGCUGAUGCCCUACUCAUACCCUCACCAGAUAACAGUAGAGAAGACACCAGGAUACUUCACAUCAACUCUUGCGCCCGAACGCAUCCGCGCAAUGAACUCCUCCAUGAAGCUGCUCCUGAUCUUGCGCGACCCGGCCGAACGGGUCGUCUCUGACUACACGCAAGUGUACUUCAAUCGUCUGGAGAACCACAAGCCGGUUCAAGCCAUCGAGAACCUUCUAGUACGAAACGGUGCCCUGAAUACCCGCUACAAGGCCAUUCAAAGGAGCCUGUACGACAUCCACAUGCGCAACUGGUUGCGUUAUUUCCCUCUAGAACAGAUUCACAUUGUGGACGGGGAUUUGCUUAUUCACAACCCCUUGCCAGAACUUAAAAAAGUGGAGCAAUUCCUCAACUUGCCACCCAGGAUAGUCGCCUCCAAUUUUUACUUUAACCAGACGAAAGGUUUUUACUGCAUUCGGAGUGACGGUCGAGAGCGGUGUCUGCACGAGUCGAAGGGACGACCGCACCCUGCCGUCAACAGAACUGUGCUCCAACAACUCCGUUCUUACCUGCAGGAGCACAACAGAACCUUCUUUAGGCUGGUGAAGCGCACCUUCAACUGGCAAUAA